AUGCUCCUGACGACUCCUCGGCGUGGCUCAGGGGCCAGGAGCCCGCGUGCAUCGCUCCCCGCAUCUGACAGCGAAUAUGGUAAAGCUGUAACUGAUGGGGCUGGAAGCUGGGGGCACCGUCCCCGGAACCAUUUCCUCCCGGCGCCUCGGAGGCCCAAAAGGAUCCUGGAGGUAACUGCAAGCGGCCCGCAAGCAACCCGCGGCCGGCCCUGCCCAAGCGCCAGGCCCCUCGGGUCCGGCCAGGGAUGCCGGCCUCGGCGCGGGAGGCGCGGGUCCGCCGUCGCGCGCGGCUUUUCCUCGGAAGCCUCCGCCGCCCCGCGCUCCUCGCGCCCCGCGAAGGUACCUCAGGUCCCGGGCCCUAGGCUCGGCGCACUCCGGCCCAUCAGCCGGUCAACGCCCCUCAGGCCACAGCCCGCCACUUCCGGGUCCCGCCCGCCGGAAGUGGCGAACCGGAAGCUCCCUCUCCUCUCUCUGGGGGCGGAAAGAAGAUGGCGGCGCCCAGCAGCCGGUGAGGAGAGAGGACGCAGGGACCCGGGGGGGCCGCCGGACUCAUGCGUGAUGGCCGCAUCCCCGCACACUCUCUCUUCGCGCAUCAUGACAGGCUGGGUAGGAGGAUGUGUCUGGUAUCUAGAAAGGAGAGCCUUGCAGGAGUCACGUCGUAGGUUCCUGCAUCUUCUCAGGAACGUCAAUCAACAGUGGGUUACAUUUCAGCAUUUUCACUUCCUCAGGCACACGUAUGUCACACAACUGAACAGAAGCUUCAACCAGCAAAUAAAACCAAAGCCGGAACCAGUGGCAUCUCCUUUCCUUGAAAAAUCAUCUUUCGAUGAGUCCAAAGCCAAAAUAUAUGAGAUGAGACCUCUUUCACCCCCAAGCCUGUCUCUGUCCAAAAAGCCAAAUGAGAAAGAAUCGAUAGAACUAGAACCCACCCCGGUAAUUGAAGGCUCUAUAGCUGUGGGAACAGAGACAAAAGAAGAAAAGCAGUGGAAAGAGAUGAAGCUGCGUGUGGAUGAUCUGCCAGGAGUUUUGGCCCGGCUGUCCAAAAUCAGACUCACAGCCCUCGUGGUCAGCACCACCUCAGCCGGAUUUGCCUUGGCCCCAGCACCUUUUGACUGGUCCUGCUUCCUGCUGACUUCUAUCGGAACUGGCCUGGCUUCCUGCGCUGCCAACUCCAUCAAUCAGUUCUUUGAGGUUCCAUUUGAUUCAAACAUGAAUAGGACAAAGAACAGACCUCUGGUUCGUGGACAGAUCAGCCCGUUGCUAGCUGUGUCCUUUGCCGCUUGCUGUGCAGUUCCGGGAGUUGCCCUUCUGACCUGGGGCGUAAACCCACUCACCGGAGCUCUGGGGCUCUUCAACAUCUUCCUGUACACCUGCUGCUACACCCCGCUCAAGAGGGUCAGCAUCGCCAACACGUGGGUGGGGGCCGUCGUGGGAGCCAUCCCUCCCCUCAUGGGCUGGACCGCGGCCACGGGCAGCCUGGAUGCCGGAGCGUUUCUUUUGGGAGGAAUCCUCUACUCCUGGCAGUUUGCUCACUUCAACGCGCUGAGCUGGGGCCUCCGCGAGGACUACGCCCGGGGCGGCUACUGCAUGAUGUCGGUCACCCGCCCGGACCUGUGCCGGCGCGUCGCCCUGCGCCACUGCCUGGCCUUGAUCGCGAUGUCCGCCGCGGCCCCCGCCCUGGACGUCACCACGUGGACCUUCCCCGUCAUCGCGCUGCCCGUCAACCUGUACCUGUCCUACCUCAGCGUUCGCUUCUACAGGGACGCGGGCCGGAAGAGCUCCCGGAGGCUGUUCCUCUGCAGCCUCUGGCACCUGCCGCUGCUGCUGCUGAUGAUGCUCAGCUGCAAGCGGCCGGCGGCGCGGCGCGGCGCGGGCGGCCCGCAGAGCUGACGCCGGGGGGCGCGCAGAGCUGACGCCGGGCGGCCCGCAGAGCUGACGCCGGGGGGCGCGCAGAGCUGACGCCGAGCGGCGCGCGAGAGCGUCCGGGGGGGCGCGCACGUUUUCUCUUUCCCCUUGGCUGUUAGCCAAGGGUGUUUUGGUAAUUCCAAAGCCCCAGGAGAGAAGUCGCUGCGUUGAGAACAAGCUUGUAAACGAAGUUGGUGCUCGGCGGUCACUCGACCACGCUUCCCACGGUGAUACCCACAGUGCUCCCCCAGUGAGAACUGGGUUGGCUCCGCAGGUUUACGUAAGGAGAGCGUUUCUCUUUGAGGGUCUUUACAGAGCUCUUCCUCGAACCCCACCCACUUCGUCCUCUCCCUCAGGUAGAAGUGCAAGCGCACCUUCCUUUCUCAGCCCCUCCGCGCACGCUCCCCAGCUGCCGACCGGGCUGGCCGCACGAGGGGCACACACUCGCACUCUGGUAUCCGCGGUUCCGUGGCCUCUGGUCCCUCGCCGGCUGUCGGAAGAAAUGCAGGCUGCCAGUCGCAGCCCCCGCUUCCUGGGAACGAGCCAGGGCCGCGGGUCCAGCGUCCUCUGUCCCGCCCGCAUCCUCAGCCUCAUCUUGCCUCCGACGAUAACGGAGCCCCACGGACUCGCUGCUGCCCAGCCUCUGCGGGAGGAGCUCCAGACGGUCGUCUGGGGAAUCUCAGACUGGACCACCCGGCCACGUGUCAGCGUUUCAGAAACUCCAAGGAAUCAAAGGCAUCUUUAAAGUUCACUUUAAAAUAUCGGCGGUGUCGGAGCGUUUCUCUGCGGAAGGGUCAUGCUAGGCUUCAGACUAGAAAUCCCUCGGGCUCCGAUCCACCUCGUCCUCUUUAGCCUCUGCUGCGGCCGUCCGCUCGGCUCCAGGCCGAGUGAGCAGGGAAAUCAGAGAGGGGCCAGCCGGCCCACAUAGCUCACAUUCUUGUCCCUUUAGUGAGGAACCCAUUUCCAUCCUGCCGUCUUCUAAAUUCAGAAAUUAGCCUCCGCACGGCCGGUGGCUUGGAGAGCCGGAGGCAGGAGCUGCACUCCGGAUGGGGAUGCUUCACGGUCCCGGGGGGGCGCGUGGGUCCCCGCAGACAGGGCUGGCCUCCGUCACCAGCAGUCUCUCAGCCCUCACAUCCACCUGCUUGUCCACUGCCUGUCCUUUUUGCCCGAAGGUCUUGAAGCUUAACAGGAUACUUUAGUUACUCGGUGCCCCGGAAGGAAUCCACUUGGGAAUUUAUGCAGCACUUAAACAGUGCCUGCAAUACGCCUGUUCUCUCAAACGUUCCAGAGCGAUUGCAGGUAGCAUCUGAUUUCUGUCUCCGCUUACCUGAAACAUCACCUCUUGGCUGCGUCCAGGUCGCACUGUGGGAGCUGACACGAGUGUGUCUGGGGGGGACACCCACAGCCCUCAGAUUUGUAAAGCGAGUCGGUUCUCUUCCUGCCGCAAUAAACCGGCACCUCAAAC